AUGCCAUGCGCACCAAGAGAUGCGUUACGAGCAAGCAAACCACUUCCUCGGAUCGCAUCCGGUAGUUGCUCCAGCAGAGGAUUUUGUGUUGAUAUCGGUUUCAAUUCAACUGGCUGUCAGACUCACUCCCAUAAUAAAUGCUCGGUUUGCUUCGUCACUCCCAUAGCCAUCCGUCGGGCUCGACCGCCUCUCCCCUGCCUCGCGCAAUCAUCCUUGCUCGUCGUCGGCUUCCACGGCGUCGACCGCAUCCCGGGCACCUUGGACCUCCGCCUCAUCAUGGACUUCAUGGGCCCCAGCCUCCACGACAUCCUCCGCCAGCUCCCCCGCGAGAGCCCGCCGCUACCCGAGGCCACGAUCCGCACUGCCAUGUGGCAGCUGCUCACGGCCGCCAGGAAGAUGCACGCCAGCUGCAUCGCCCACCGCGACGUCAAGCCCCAGAACGUCCUCGUCAGUGAGGGUUACAGCGUCGUCAAGAUCUGCGGCUUUGGGCUCGCCAUGUCCACCGAUGAGCGGCCGCCGCACCAGCCGGCUGGCAGGCUGUGGUACGUGGCGCCUAAGAUGCUGCUGGAGAAACCCGACUACGACACGCAAGUCGACAUCUGGUCCCUCGGCUGCGUCAUGGCGGAGCUGAUCAACAAUGGGAGGCCUCUAUUCCAGGGCUCCCACGACCAAGGGGCGCAGCUCAACGCGAUCUUUCAAGUGCUCGGCGCGCCCGACAACAGCACAUGGCCGUGGUUCUUGUCCACGGCGUUCGCCACCGCGGUGACGCCGCCGCAACUGGCCGACAUGCAGCGGGAGAACCAUCUGCAUGAGCUGUUCCCCGAGACGAAGCUGUCCAAGGAAGGAUUCGAGGUCCUCAGCGGCCUCCUCACGUGCAACCCCGACAAGAGGCUCAUGGCAGCUGCCGCUCUUGAGCACCCCUGGUUCGCCAAGAUCGACGCGCUGGAGCUGCCAAACACAAUGGAGGUGCUGUCGCCGUUGCCCAAAAGACGGAGGAUACAUCACAUACAUGCUGUUUGCGUGACUUAGAUCGUUGAUGGUGUAUCAAUGUAGUGAUGCAGAUUGCAUUAUUGUUUGAAU